CGAACGCACACACCUGUCCAAAUAAAACAAAUCAACCAUAAGACCACAGCAACAUUGACAGCAUCAACACGCCCGUCCACACACAAAUGCACACACAGAAAUACAGAAACGCCCCACACGCACACACAAGCAAGCUUCUAGUCUAUUCUGGUAUGCGUGUCUGUCUGUCUGUCUGUCUGCACAGGCAUCAAUCAACGUAUCGUUGGGAAGAGCGCAAAUCUGAGCAGCCGCCACAUCGGCUGCCGCUCCGUUCUCUGGUGGAAGAGCAUUGAGUACGGGUGAGUCACCAUCUCCAGCAACAUGUCACGGGCAUCAGAUGGCAGACGGGAGAAGCUGAUGGGGCUCUCCUUCUGCUGCUGCUGCUGCUUUGGGGGUGCGGGGAUGGGCGAGGGUGGCGGGAUGGAGAGCACAUUGUCGAAGGACGUGUUGGCGUCCAGAGGGGGGGCGAGUGAGAGAGGCGGGGAGGCGGGCGUGAUGGUUGGCUGGCUCCUCACGAUGGCGUCGAGAGAAGACUGCGCAGCAUGAUAGCUCUCAACACUGUCCCACCUGACACACCACACCACAACACAUGCCAUCCAUCCAUCCAUCCAUCCAUCCAUCCCGGUGUCUGUCUGUCUGUCUGCCCCUCACCUGUCAACGAGCAGGACCUUCAGAUCUCCCUCCUCCUUCCCCCCCCCGCUCCUGUACACCCUUGACGAGUAGAAUCCCUUUUGCCCCAUGUUGAAGAGGUUCCACAGCAGCAGCCGCGUCCCCAGCGUCGCAUAAAGCGACUCGUCCUCGCGCUUGGACACAUCGAACUGGCGCACGAUGGCGAUGUGGUCCGAGGUCAGCCGGGUGGACUUCUCGCGCGUCAUGCUGUAGAUCAGGGCAGCCACGCCCGCACCCAUGGCCAUCUUGGCGACGUCAGAUGGAAUGUGCUGCAUAGCUGGCUGGUAGGUGGAGGGGUGGAUGGGUGAGUGCGUUGGAUCAAGCGUUGGUCAGGAGGGGCCUAUGUGUCGGUCGGCGACAUACACCUGGCGAGUGCUCAUCAGAUCUCUCGCUUGUAUAUCUCUUCCGCACACGUAGAUCUGCCAUCUGAUGCACCUGCUGCUCACACCGUCA